AUGAAGAGCUUCACUCUGCUUGCUACGCUUCUUGUGGCAAGCCUGACAUUGGUUCUUGCCACGCCUCACCCCCAAGGCACAAAGCGUUUCUCACUGGAAGCUGCCAAAAAUUCCAACUCCAAGCCUGAUUUCGUUCGAGAAUGGGUGGCAGCUCACCAGAAAUGGGGAAAGCCUGUUUCCCGGGAGACUCUGGCCGCUUUCUCACUCCUUGAUGACGAUGGUCGCGUGGACGUGAAGCCUCUUGGCAAUGAUGAAAUCUACAUUGCCGACGUCAAAGUAGGCACACCGCCUCAAACACUCAAGAUGGCAAUCGAUACCGGGUCUGCUGAUUUUUGGGUUCAAUCCACCGACACAGUCUAUCGAGUGACCACUGAAGGUCCGUGGGCUCCUCAAUACAAGCCCAAUGCAUCCAAAACUUCUCAUCGCGUUCGUGAUGCUGAAUGGGAGGUUGAAUACGUUGACGGGACUCAUGCCGAUGGCAUUGUCUACCUCGAUACUGUUCGUCUGGGGGAUUUCGAACUCAAGAAUACGGCCAUUGAAUCUGCUCAGGUCGUUGCACCACGAUUCGAACGCGAGACUGGGCUUACUGGCAUCAUGGGUCUUGCCAAAACUCUUCCCAGUAACGUAGAUCCUCCAACGCCUUCUCUUCUCGACAAACUUCGCCCACUGUUAGACAAAGCAGUCUUUACAGUUGAUUUACGACGAAACGCCACCGGUCGUUUUGAUUUCGGCUACGUUGACGAAAGUAAGGCCAAGGACAAAAUCUCGUGGAUGGCAACGCGGAAGGACAGUCCUCACUGGGAUGUCACAUUCGAUAUGGCAGCUUGGACCGGCUCACGCCGGGUUUGGAUGGCACAUACUUUUGAAGCUACCGUCGACACAGGUACAACCCUUCUCUUUCUUCCUCCAGCUCUUGCGGGCUUGUACUGGAAUGAUGUACCAAACAUGCGAGUCGAUCCUCGACUUGGCGACGCCUUCACGUUUCCUUGCGAACUUGCAGAUGAACUUCCGGAUCUGAUGCUCAAAGUGCCAGGCACAGAGCAUGUUCUCAAGGUCCCUGGGCCGUACCUCAGCUACAGCCCUACCGACGGUGACCCAGAUUAUUGCUGGGGUGGCAUGCAAAGUUCAGAAGACCUAGGAGGGGUAAGCAUCAUGGGCGAUGUAGCUCUCAAGGCGUUAUACGUCGCAUUCGAUCUCGAGAAGAACAAGGUCGGGUUUGCCAACAAAGAGCUCGACGACAUCGACAACUGA